AUGUCGUCGCGCACGGCGGGCUUCGCGGACUUCUUCCCCGACAGACCGUCGGCGUUGAAGGAGAAAGACAAGGCUGCAGCUGCACUUUCGUCUCAAACUCCUUCGACAUCUCCUCCUUUGUCAGCUCACAAGUCUCGGAACAAUAGCUUGUCAUCACUCAAUCAUGUCAAGGAUUCCUGUCUUACAUCUGUUACAUCUACAUCUACAUCUACCAUUACCGCUACUACUACUACCAUAUCUAAUCAUCAUGUGCACUCUUCUUCCACUUCAUCCACCGCUACGGCUGUGAUCCAGGCUAUCGCCAUCCCUACUCCUACUGAUGAUUACGAUGCUGGUGAGCUUUCGUCUUCGUCUGCUCCUGCUUCUGGUGGGGAGACCUCCUCGCUCGCUAGCAACGGGUCGUCAUCUUCUGGUCCCCCCUUCCACAACACCCACACCCUUACCCCCGUGACCACCACCUCUUCUCCGCCCCCGAGACCUUCGAGCCCGGAAAAUUCUGUGAAGAAUGAAGUCACGCGGACCUCGCUCUCUGCCUCUGCUACUAAUCUUCCGGUCAAAUCUCCGGUUCCAACAGCUAUCGAUAGCUAUACCAAUUCUUCCCGGAGACCUGCAUCUUCCUCUGGACCAAAAAUUUACGUGAAACCGAUGUUACCGAAACGGAACUAUUGCAUUGUUUUCGAUCCCGAGCUCGAAGGUCGUGGUUCCACAAAAAAGUCCGAAAAGGCGAAACCUCAAUAUCGCUUCGACGGCAGUGGUUUACCAGGUCUGGUCUCCGACCCUCGUCUCAAAAUCGCAAAUUACCACCUAGGCGCAACCAAGGGUAAACGGCGACUUCGCAAAUCACCUUACGAGCUCCAUUGGCCCACCGACGAGAAUACCAUCGGUCCUGGGCCUCCUACCCAAAUCGCUAUCUCGGGACUAACUCCAUUGCAUACACAGCAAGACGUGCAUAUGCAUUUUAGGAUGUAUGGCGAGAUCGCCGAGCUCGAAAUCAAACUCGAUCCGACGACUGGAGCAUCAAUGGGUGUGGCAAUGGUAAGGUAUCGUGAAGUGAACGGUCGUAAGGCUUCGGCGCAUGAAAGUGCGAAACGGGCAGUUGCAAGUGGUAACAAAUCGAAGAUCGGCAUGUCGAUUGUGACUGUGGAGUUCGAUAGAGAUGGUGAUCGAAGUCGGAGGUUGAUGGAAAAGUACUUGGCCAAGAAGAAAAAGGAUGCGGAUGAUGCUGCUCGGGAAGCAAAAAUUCGAAAUCUGGCCCCGAAGGCUCCGUCGAGUAUGCUUGCUGCCGCGAAGCCUGCUAGUCCUCCACCCCCACCGCCAGCUCCACAACAGCAACAGCAACAGCCACCCCAACAGCGAGAUAAAUCAUCUAGGCGGGAUCGGAGCACCUCGAGAAGUCGGACGCCGGUACGGGAAACGAAAAAAACUGAGAGCCGGAGUAGAUCGACAUCUCGGAAAGGUCGGUCGGCAAGCCGAACUAAACCUGCAGAGGUCAUCGAAAGGCGUAUUUCUCCCAAAACCCGCGAACAGAUUGGUGAUAAUCCAUACCUUUUCAUAUCAGCAAAAUCGAUACCGGCGGACGAGAAAUUUGUUGUUCAUUUGCGAGGCCGACUCCGGAGAUACGAGUGGGAUAGAAUCGUAGUCGAUGACUCUGGGUUUUUCAUUCGGUUCGCAAGGUUUUCGGAAGCCGAAAGAUGUUUCGAUAUGUGCGAUGGCAUGCCUUUGUUCUCCUAUGUCAUGGAGAUGGAGAUCCAUAAGGGCCAAAACGGACGAGGUGAAUCACGCUCAACAUCUCGGCCGCGACAAAGGCCAUUCGAUGGAGACAGCUAUCGCCCGGGUAGGGAUGACAAGCCGAAAGAGAAAGAAAAGGAAGUUCGCAAGAAGGUUGUGUACCAUGCUGGUACUAGCUCGAUGAACCUGCUCGGUGUGGAUCUUCGGACGAUGAUGAUCCAGGACCUGAAGAAACGGGUGUCCGCGCCAACGAUUUAUGAUGGAGCUGAUGCACACAGGUCGAAACGCCAGAAACCGAACGAUACUGCCCCCGCCUUUAAAGCCCCGCUUCCUUACUCCCCGAUGCACCAUAUCGCGGCACAGAGCCCUUCUCUGAAAGAAGAUCAACCAGCACCGACGCUUGCUAGCCGGUUGGCAUCACUGCCACGGUUUAAGAAGAAGGAAAGAUCUGCCGCCGCUAAAUCCUCUGCCAGCAGGGGUAGCCCUCUUAAACGACGGGUUACCAAGGUGGCAGACGUUAGACCUCUCCAUCAUAGGCUUGGACGGUAUGAAUCGGAUGACUCGGAUGAGGAUGAUUCAAAUGUCCCAACCAGGUCGGCUAGUCGUACUGCGUACUUGUCUUCGGAUGAAGAUGACGUGUCUACCCACCAUGCUGGGACACCGAAGAGGCAGAAGAGGGGUCCUCGGAGCGUGUCCUCUCGGACAAUGGAUAUGUCGGCUACUUCGGAUGAAGAAGAGGAUGAAGAUUUGUUGAGGAAGAUGUCGAGGAAGAGGAAGGAAGAGAGAGAGAGGAAAGAAAAGGAGGAAGAGGAUGACGCUCAUACAGUUCCUGAUGAGAUGGACGUGGAUGACGCAAUGUCUGAGGUUGUGGAGGCGCAACCGAAGGGUAAACAUCGACUGGUCAUCUCUUCGAGCGAAGAUGAAGAUGAGGAGGACCUAGAUGAGGUUGACUUGGUACCCGUACCUGACAUUCCGCAGGCUCGCGAGGAUCUGGCAUUAAAGAGCCUCCAAACCGAUGAUCUCCACAUCGAGGACGCUAAGCCCCGGCUAGCAGUUGAUGACGAACCGUUGACUGAGACUGCUGACGAAAAGACAAAAGUGAAGAAAAAGAAGCGACCAGCCAAAAAACUCACUCUUGGCAAAAAGAAGUCAACAGCGAAGAAGAGCAAGAAAGAAGUUGUGGAAGUUGUAGAGUCUGAGGACGAGGUUAUAGAAGAUGUCAAAGAGGACGAGGUGGUACCAGCUGUUGUUCCAGUUGCUCGGCCGAGUGAUAGCUGGCCAGAAUGGGCCCGACCGACCCAAAGUGAGAAACCUGUGCGGACUUUCGUGGAUGAUGAACCCUAUGUACUGGAUCUGGACGGUCUGCAAGGCCUUGUUAAGGACGAUGAGGAUCUUCAGUUCCUCCAGGCCGCACUCGGGAACGUGGAGCUUUCUGACCUUGGAAGUGUGGACCUAUGGGCGUACCGACAGAAGGAGAUGAAGUUUGUGAAUCUCGAUGUCCGUGGCCCGACAGAGAAGCGCUUCCAGUAUGAAGGCUACCACAAAGAUAACACGACUGGAUCAGCUCGAACGCAAGGAUCGGGCAGGAUUCCGGACGCGGAGAAGGCACAAUACCUGCCUCAUCGACUUCGACUUGCUAAGCAGAAGGCAGACCGUGAAGCUGCAACGAAAGCAAAGGAUAUGUCUCUAGCGAACAAGGAGAGUCAGCCGAUCGUCAAUAAUGUGGUCAAGGAUACGUCUCGCUCGAAUCGCGCCAACAAUCGACGUCUCGCGGCGGAGGUCAAUCUGCAGAAGCAGACUUUAGCAGCUGUUGAUGUUCAUGAUGUCAUCAAUUUCAACCAGCUUAAGAAACGGAAGAAGCCGGUCCGAUUCGCUCGCUCUGCUAUACACAAUUGGGGCCUAUAUGCUAUGGAGAACAUCUCGAAUAAUGAAAUGAUCAUCGAGUAUGUUGGUGAGAUUGUGAGACAGCAGGUUGCAGACUUGAGAGAAAAGAAUUACCUCAGAAGCGGUAUUGGAAGCAGUUACCUGUUCAGAAUCGAUGAAACAACCGUCAUUGACGCGACAAAGAAAGGUGGCAUUGCCAGGUUCAUCAAUCAUAGCUGUACUCCGAACUGUACGGCUAAGAUUAUCAAGGUCGAGGGAACGAAGAGAAUUGUGAUUUAUGCGCUGCGGGAUAUUCAUAAAGAUGAGGAACUCACAUACGAUUAUAAGUUUGAACGAGAAAUCGACAGUGAGGAGCGCAUACCUUGUCUUUGUGGGUCCAGCGGUUGUAAGGGCUUCCUUAACUAA